AUGAUGGAGCUCAUAAAUAAGAUCUUAACCCCCACAGACCUAAAAAACCGUCUAGCAUAUCCUACCGAAAGCCUUUGGGCUUUUCCAAUAUUGACCGAGGGCCAAACUUCAGUACAUUUUGAAGCGAGAGAUACUGCUGGGAUCGAUUGGAACUUAAAGCUUUCUACUCGGACUCAUGGCCACCCAAAACCAGUCAUCACUGGAGAUUGGUUGACACUAGUGGAUGAAAAGGGCCUUGCCGUCGGAGACAGGAUUAUUCUGACAAGGGAAGUAGGCGAAGGAAAUGAAGUAAGAUACAACAUUAGAACUGAACGUAAGAUAUUUAAUGUUUGGGCUAAUGUUCAAUAG